GGCUGGAGUGGCCGCCGCAGAGCAAGGCUGCCCCGAGGGAGCGCAGGGGCGCAGAAGGGCCACCGUGCCGCCGGGGGCGCGCCGAGCAGAGCGCACCCCUCCACGCCCUGAUGCCUGAGUAGUGUGCACCUCCAGGCCCCUCCUCCCUUGCCAGGGCUGAGAGAUGAAGUGGGCAGGCUGGCCCCGGCUGUGUCUGAUGCUGCUUCUGUCCCUUCCUCGGCUCUGCCUGGAUCAGGAGGUGCUGACUGGACACUCUCUACAGAUGCCGCCAGAGGAGGGCCAGGGCCCUGAGGGGGUCUGGGGGCCUUGGGACCAGUGGUCCUCCUGCUCCCAGCCCUGUGGGGUGGGGGUACAGCGCAGGAGCCGGAUAUGCCAGCCCCGUCAGGACCUGCCUCCCCCUCCCCGGCCCCCGAGGCAUCCAGAAGCCCUCCUCCCCCGCGGUCAGGGCUCUAGGCCCCAGACCUUGGGAGAAACCCACCCCCUGUAUAGGCCACAGCCGCGGGGAAGGGGGGGCCCGCUUCGAGGUCCUGCUUCCCCGCUGGGCAGGGAGGACACACAGGAGGUGGCAGGAGCCCGCAGGUCCCGGGUCCGAGAGCCCAUCAAGCCUGGAAUGUUCGGCUACGGGAGAGUGCCCUUUGCCUUGCCGCUGCAUCGCCACCGCAGGCAUCCCCGGCGGCCGCCCCUGACUCCCGGGGCCGAGCUGCCCUCUGCACUGCCCCCCACAGAACUGCCUGCCCAUACCUCAUCCCUCCCGGCACACCCCACAGGGGCAGGGACUGCUCAGACCGAGGCUGCCCUGCCCCAAGCCAGGGCUGCCUCCCUGCAGCCGUCCCGUGGAGCCCAGGCCCCCCGCACUGAGCCCCUCUCGCCCACCCUCUCGGGGGAGAGUCGCCCCUUCCACCUGUCCCCUCAGCCAAGAAUACCAAGCUCCCAGGGCUGGGCCCGCCCCCGGGAGCCAGGGAGACCCCCUGACCCUUUCCCCUCAGUCCCUCGAGGUUGGGGCCAGCAGAGCUGGGGGCCCUGGAGGCCUGGGGGGAGCCUCCGGGGGUCCCCAGCGGAGCCGAAUGGCUGGCUGCCUCUGCUGAGUGACAGGCCCCCCUCCGGCUCUCUCUGGAGCCUCUUUGCCCCCAGCAGCCCUGUCCCGCGAUGUUCUGGGGAGACCGAGCAGCUGAGAGCCUGCAGCCAAGUGCCCUGCCCGCCCGAGCAGCCGGACCCCCGGGCACUGCAGUGUGCUGCCUUCGACUCCCAGGAGUUCAUGGGCCAGCUCUACCAGUGGGAGCCCUUCACCCAAGUCCAGGGCUCCCAGCGCUGUGAACUGAACUGCCGGCCCCGCGGCUUCCGCUUUUACGUCCGCCACACGGAGAAGGUACAGGACGGGACCCUCUGUCAGCCCGGAGCCCCGGACAUCUGCGUGGCCGGGCGCUGUCUGAGCCCCGGCUGUGAUGGGAUCCUUGGCUCUGGCAGGCGUCCAGAUGGCUGUGGCGUCUGUGGGGGUGACGACUCUACCUGCCGCUUUGUUUCGGGGAACCUUACUGAGCGAGGGGGCCCUCUGGGCUAUCAGAAGAUCCUGUGGAUUCCCGCGGGGGCCUCCCGGCUCCACAUUGCCCAGCUCCGGCCCAGUUCCAACUACCUUGCACUUCGGGGCCCCGGGGGCCGGUCCAUCAUCAACGGAAACUGGGCUGUGGACCCCCCUGGGGCCUACCCGGCCGGAGGGACCAUCUUCCACUACAGCCGGCCUCCCCGGGAGGAGGCCAAGGGGGAGAGCCUGUCGGCCGCGGGCCCCACCACGGAGCCUGUGGAUGUUUACAUGAUUUUUCAGGAGGAAAACCCAGGUGUUUCUUACCAGUAUGUCAUCUCGUCGCCUCUUCCCACACUCGAGAGCCCCACCCCAGAGUCCCCCAGCCACCAGCUCCAGCCUGGGAUGCUGAGAGGGGCGCCCCUGGCCGCUUCCGCCCCUCGCUCAGCCCGGACCCCAGGCACCCUGCAGCGUCAGGUGCGCAUUCCCCAGGUGCCCGGCCCACCGCAGCCCAGGACACCCGCGGGGUCUCCAGCCGGGUACUGGAAACGAGUGGGGUACUCGGAGUGCUCGGUGUCCUGUGGGAAAGGUGUCUGGCGUCCCAUUUUCCUCUGCAUUUCUCGUGAGUCGGGAGAGGGGCUGGAGGAACACAGCUGUGCCGCGGGUGCCAGGCCCCCGGCCUCCGUCGAGCCCUGCCAUGGCCCGCCAUGUCCCCCGUACUGGGAGGCCGGCGAGUGGAUGUCGUGCAGCCGCUCCUGUGGCCCCGGCACCCAGCACCGACAGCUGCACUGCCGGCAGGAGUUUGGAGGUGGUGGCUCCUCAGUGCCCCCCGAGCGCUGCGGGCACCUCCCCCGGCCCAACACCACCCAGCCUUGUCAGCUGCGCCUCUGCGGCCGCUGGGAGGUUAGCUCCCCCUGGAGCCAGUGCUCAGUGCGGUGUGGGCGAGGCCAGAGGAGCCGGCAGGUCCGCUGUGUUGGAAGCAACGGUGAGGACGUGAGCGAGCGAGAGUGUGCGUCAGGCCCCCCGAAGCCCCCCAGCAGAGAGGCCUGCGACAUGGGGCCCUGUACCACAGCCUGGUUCCACAGCGACUGGAGCGCCAAGUGCUCAGCCGAGUGUGGGACGGGAAUCCAGCGGCGUUCUGUGGUCUGCCUGGGGAGUGGGGACACCCUCAGGGCAGGCCAGGAGGAAGCAGGAGCCCAAACCAGUGAGCAGAGCUGUCCAGGCAGCCGCCCCCCCGACAUGCGUGCCUGCAGCUUGGGGCCCUGUGAGAAGACGUGGCGCUGGUACACAGGGCCCUGGGCUGAGUGCUCAUCAGAGUGUGGCUCCGGCACACAGCGCAGAGAUGUCAUCUGUGUGUCCAAGCUGGGGACUGACUUCAACGUGACUUCUCCUAGCCACUGUUCCCACCUGCCCAGGCCCCCUACCCUGCAGCCGUGUCAGGGACAGGCCUGCCAGGACCGAUGGUUCUCUACACCGUGGGGUCCGUGCUCUCGCUCCUGCCAGGGAGGCAUGCAGACAAGGGAGGUCCAGUGCCUGAGCGCCAAUCAGACCCUCAGCACCCGAUGUCCUCCUCACCUGCGACCUUCCAGGAAACGACCCUGUAACAGCCAACCCUGCAGCCAGCGCCCUGAUGAUCAGUGCAAGGACAGCUCUCCACACUGCCCCCUGGUGGUGCAGGCCAGGCUCUGCGUCUACCCCUACUACACAGCCACCUGUUGCCGGUCUUGCGCCCAUGUCCUGGAGCGGCCCCCGCUGGAGCCCGCCUGAAAUGGGUCUGGGAGGCCCUGUCCUCGUGGUUUUCUUGUGCCAUCCACUCUGUAUGCCCUGGCUUUGCAGCCUGUCCACAUCUCACCAGGGAUGUCCUCGAGGGGGACUGACAGGGACUCGAAGACUGGGGGUUGGGUGUGUGUGGUGCUGUGACAGUGGGUGUGCACCUGUGCCCCAGCAUGUGUAUCUGGGCCUGCGUGGAUGUGUGUGCGUUCAUACAUGUGUAUCACUUCUCACAACGCAGCAGUACAGAUUGAGAAGGGGCUGCCCCCAAGACGUGCCUCGGCUGAGAGAAAAGCCAGUUUGCAGCUCCUUCCUAAUCUGGGUGGUCUCCCCGACAGUUCCAGCCUGGUGUCCUCAAUCUCACUACUCGGUUCAGGCCUCACAUCUUCCCAACUACCCUCCUGUCUCUGACCCUCCUCUCUCUCUCCAUCCUGCCUCCCUAAAUAGUUAGGAUGGGGGGGGGGGGGCGGCGGCCACUGCCAUUCUUGCCUUACCCCAUGAGGAGGGACUGCCUGCGUGCUCGGAGCAGGAGCAGCUAGGCGGAGGACGGAAAAGAGAAAUGUUAGCAUGAGACACCCGAGCCCCUGACCCCAAUCCCACUUCAAGUGGUUCCCACCCCAGAACUAAUUUAUUUUUAUUAAAGAUGGUUAUGUCAAACGAGAAAUGUGCUGUUCAUUGCCAGCCAGACGAGCCACCUAAGCAGUGUGAGGGCAGAAUGUAGGU